GUUAUUGCAGGGACCGAAGGUGCAGAUUCUGAAGUCGUGCAAGCAGAGUGCAAGGGUCAAUAGCGCUGAUGAUGAUACAGCCUUGUCGAAUGGAUACUGAUGAAGUCGCAAAAACUCCCUGGGGUUAUAUACUCCUCCUCGCAAGGGUACCGGCCUGGUGACUGUGUCGAAAGUUCGAUGCCUGGGUGGAAAUUACCCUCAGGUCGUAAAGGUGCAACCUCCGAAUGUAAAGAAAGGCCACCUGUCGGCUCUCAGAAGGGCUCGUUGAAAGGCCCCAACCGUGGUUGGCGUAUUGGGAAUGAUAGCAACGUGUUACGAGCGAGACGAAGUCUAGUCUCAAAAUCCAGAGGAGCUGCCGAACGGUUACAAGUCACUCUUCUGGGGGUUUUUUUUUUCUUUCUCUUUUUUUUCUUUUUUCCUUUCCGUUUUCUUUGGCCCUCCCCGUUGGGCUUUUUGGUUGGGUCUAUGGGCCGCUGGAGAGACGAGGUAAAACCAAGGAAGAAAGCAGGAAGUCGUCGGACGUCCCGAAUUGUCCUCUUGAGACGUGAGAGGGAGGGAGCAGCUGUUCUGUCUCGUUAGUCGCACCUUCCGCUUGGCAAAGUGCGUGCGGUGUGAGCGUUGCUGCUGCAGUAGUCGCUUUGCGCCGGGCCAGGACAGCAGCUGCGAGAUGCGAUGAUGC